UCGUCAGAAGUGCUUGAUCGAGCUCUACUUUCUUGCAAGUGUUGAGUGGGUUAAGACGUGCCAAUUGCCCGUGAGUUCUAGUGACCAGAUUUUCUAAAACAGCAACAAGUUCGAGCUACGUCUUUUUUUUAACGAAAAGUGAGCGGUUAAUUGCGCCGAACGCCCCAAGCCUUCGAAGCACAAACAAUAUAGAUUUCCCGCGCCAGCGACCAACCACGAGCCGCGCCGCCACCACGUGAGCAGCCUCCUCUAUAAAAGCGCCCAUCUCCCUCCACCGGGUUCUCUUUUCCAUAAAAGUUGUAGUAGGUUGUGUCAGUGUUCGACAAAGGUUCAGUGCAAGAAUGCCGGAAACGUCGCUCAUCAACGGGUACACCAACGGCCACAACAACAUGUACGAACUCGAAGACGGUUCCAACUUCCUCUUCACCUCGGAGUCCGUGGGCGAGGGACACCCAGAUAAAAUGUGCGAUCAGAUUAGUGACGCCAUUCUGGAUGCCCACUUGCAGCAGGACCCCGACGCGAAGGUCGCUUGUGAAACCGUCACCAAGACCGGGAUGAUUCUCCUCUGCGGCGAAAUCACGUCUAAGGCCGUCGUCGACUACCAGAAGGUCGUCCGCGAGACCGUGGCCCACAUUGGCUACGACGACUCCUCCAAAGGCUUGGACUGGCGCACGCUCAAUCUCCUGGUGGCGAUAGAACAGCAGUCUCCCAACAUAGCAAAGGGUGUUUACGAAAACAGAGAGGAGCUAGAGCUCGGUGCGGGCGACCAGGGUUUGAUGUUCGGCUAUGCCACAGACGAAACGGAAGAGUGUAUGCCCUUGACGGUAGUUUUAGCACACAGACUUAACCACAGAAUCGCCGAACUGAGGAGGAACGGCCAGUUCUGGUGGGCCAGACCAGAUUCCAAAACACAAGUUACUUGCGAAUAUUCCUUCGACCACGGAGCUUGCAUCCCCCAACGAGUCCACACAGUUGUAGUUUCGGUACAACACAGUGACAAGAUCUCGUUGAGCGAACUCCGAGAGGAAAUCCUCAACAAAGUCAUCAACGCAGUCAUUCCAGAACAGUACUUGGACAACCAAACCAUCGUCCACAUCAACCCGUGCGGACUGUUCAUCAUCGGUGGACCCCAGAGCGACGCCGGCUUGACCGGCCGCAAGAUCAUCGUGGACACCUACGGAGGCUGGGGUGCCCACGGAGGUGGGGCCUUCUCUGGAAAAGAUUUCACAAAAGUCGACAGAUCUGCGGCGUACGCGGCUCGCUGGGUCGCCAAAUCCCUCGUCAAGGCCGGCCUUUGCCGAAGGUGCCUGGUACAAGUCGCCUACGCCAUUGGAGUUGCUGAACCUUUGUCAAUCACUGUUUUCGAUUACGGAACUUCCAAGCUCUCGCAGAAGCAGUUGCUCGCCGUCGUCAAGAAUAACUUCGACCUACGACCGGGAAAAAUCGUCAAGGAGCUGAACCUCCGCCAGCCCAUUUACCAGAAGACGAGCACGUACGGGCACUUCGGCCGCGACGGCUUCAGCUGGGAAAAGCCGAAGGUUCUGCGCCUCGACUGACGGCCUCUAACCUAACCUCCUUCCCCCCUAACCGUCUUUCUCUGUUGUAGCUCUCCCUAAUUGUGUGUAGUUCCUUCUGUCCGAAGCCUGUUGCGGGUGCUAUGGGAAGUGGCACUUGUUCGUGGUUGCGACGGUGACGGUCGGCCUGUACAGAUCACAGUAGGUACCGAGCGCGGUACUACUGCAAAUUUGUGUAGAGUGAAAGGUUCUGUUCCCGCUAGACUUGUUUUCACUCGACACCUUGUGUUGUGUUUACGAAAAAGAAUCUAUUUGGAAAAGAGCAUUUGCGAAAACACUCCGAUCUGUGCACGGCCCGGCCCAGGGUGCGAUUGUUCAUUCACAUGACUUAGGCAUUUAUCAAGCUGCCACUGGAAAUUUCUUCUUUUAUAGUGUUGUAAUUGUUAUGACUUAACUGACCAUAGGCGUAGAUCUGUAGGAAUAGGUUGUAUAGAUUUUAACGUCAAUAUUUAAAUUAUUUAUAACGUGUAAUGACAGGUAGCGUAAACAUGAAGCCAUUCGUAUGGUGUCUUUGUUUUUACCGAUUCCAUUUAUUAUAUUCAGUGCGAUUUCGAGGAGCUUUGUCUUUAUUUUAAUGAAUAAAUUGGAUUAGAAAAUA